CUCCACGGGGGCACCGCACAGCGGCCGCGGUGGCCCUCGGCGUGCGGCGGGCGCCCGUGACAGCGGCGCCGCGUGGCCCGUGACCCCGGCUCGGGGCCGCUGCCGUCCUGGGCGGCGCGGCCGCGUGGCCCGGCGGGAUGGGGGGCGAGGCGGGGGCCCCGGCGGGCGCGCAGGGGCGCGUGCAGCGCCUAGGGCUGGUGUUCGAGGACGAGCGCCGGGGCUGCUACGCGAGCGGCGACACGGUGGCCGGCCACGUGCUGCUCGAGGCGGCCGAGCCGCUGGCCGUGCGCGCGCUGCGCCUGGAGGCCCAGGGCCGUGCCACGGCCGCCUGGGGCCCGAGCGCGGGCAGCGCCGCCGGCCCCGCGCCCGCCUCGGAGGUGGAGUACCUGAACGUGCGCCUGAGCCUGCAGGAGCCCCCGGACGGCCACGGCACCCUCUUACUGCAGCCCGGCAAGCACGAAUUUCCGUUCAGUUUCCAACUUCCAUCUGAGCCGCUGGUCACGUCCUUCACGGGGAAGUACGGGGCCAUCCAGUACUGUGUGCGGGCCGUCCUGGAGCGCCCCGCGGCGCCUGCGCAGAGCGUCCGGCGGGAGCUGCAGAUCAUCAGCCACGUGGAUGUCAACACCCCAGCACUGCUCAGCCCUGUAUUGAAAACGCAAGAGAAGAUGGUGGGCUGCUGGUUCUUCACCUCCGGUCCAGUCUCCCUGAGUGCCAAAAUCGAAAGGAAGGGCUACUGUAAUGGGGAAGCGAUCCCCAUCUACGCGGAAAUAGAGAACUGCUCGUCCCGCCUCAUCGUCCCCAAAGCUGCUAUUUUCCAAACCCAGACGUACCUGGCCAGCGGCCGGACCAAGACUGUCCGGCACAUGGUGGCCAACGUGCGUGGGAACCACAUUGCCUCCGGGAACACCGACACGUGGAACGGGAAGACCCUCAAGAUCCCACCUGUGCCCCCAUCCAUCCUGGACUGCUGCAUAAUCAGAGUCGACUACUCCUUGGCCGUUUACAUCCACAUCCCUGGUGCUAAAAAGCUGAUGCUUGAGCUGCCCCUCGUCAUCGGCACCAUUCCCUACAAUGGCCUGGACAGUAGGAACUCCAGCCUGGCCAGCCACUUCCUCAUGGACAUGAGCUGGCUGGCCCUGGCUCUGCCUGAGCAGCCCGAAGCGCCCCCCAACUACGCCGACGUGGUCUCGGAGGAGGAGUUCUCCAGACACCCGCCGGCCGGGCCCGAGCAGGACGCCUGCUGCCCCAUGCUGGCCUGCAUCCAAGAGUUCCGCUUCCAGCCACCCCCUCUCUACUCGGAGAUCGACCCCCAUCCUGGCGACAUAGAAGACUCAUAGCCAGGCUCCUCCGUGCUCCGAACAGACCCCCGUGGGGCGCCGGGCCCUCCCCUACCUUUGCGGGGAAGACGGAAGGAAGAUAAACGUGAGACUGAGGAGCACCGAGCCUGGGGAGGGGUGUGCAGGCACACGGUCGCGCUCCGGGCUGUGGCCCCAGGGAAUAAAGCAGGGGGGUGUGGAGGACGCCCCCCUGCGUGGGGAUGGACACCCCUGUGGGGAGAGCGGGGAAGGAGGCGGCAGGACCGUCAUGCCGGGCAGCCUCAAGAAGGCCCGGAAUUUUCCUGCCACGUGGCCCCCUCGGAAGGCUGGAUAUGGGGGUGAUGGGGACACUCUGAGUAAGAAGACACCCUUGUCACUAUCGGUUACCCCUGGCAUCGGGCCUUCCUGAUCUCAGCCCACACCCAGGUUAUGGAAGGUUCUAGAAAGGAAGUUCCCCCACCCUCAAGGGCUGCGCUACCCCCAGCUUCACAGUAUUAGGCUGGUGGGCCCAAGGGGCAGUUCAGCGUGGGACAGCCUGUCACGUCCCCCUCUGUCCCCCGCUGAGGCCAGGUCCCUCACCACCUCUCCAAGGAACACAGCUGCAAACUGCGGGGGUGGGGUCCUCAUCUUUAGGACUCAGGUGUGGACAGUGCUGGGACCAGGCUCCUCAGGCUGCCUCUGUGGUACACGCUGGGUCAGGCCCGAGCCACCCUGUGGGGGCAGAGUUGGCCCCCACCACCGCCCUAAGUCAGACUUGGUCAGGGAGCUGCCAUCCGGCCCUGGGUGUGGGCCAAGGGAUGGACAUGCCAGAGAGUAUUCUAGACAAACGCAGCAUCCCUGGAGGAUGGACACAGCCUUUCGCACAAGCCCGAGAGAUGCAAGCUGACGCCCCUAGCCCCACCCCAGCCCCCACUCUGUUGAACUGUGACUCUGUUUAUGAUUUUGGUGCAAUAUUUAAUUAUCAUUUAACCUCAGGAUCUUAAAAAAAAAAAAAUAACCUACACAACUGCGUGGUCCCCAGCCCUGGCCACUUGCUUAUUAUCCUUCUGUCCAAGGGCCCUUGGGGGCGGGAGUGGACAAGGAGACCGGCAGGGCACUGGACUCUGACAAAUGUCAUCAUCCUCCGACUGGGCCAGAAACGGGCCUUCUGCCCUGCCCGCUUCAGGCCUGCCACGGAUGGGGCCUGCUCAUCAGGGAUCUGUCUCGGACAGGAGGUGAAUGUCCGCGUCUCUCCCCACCCCCGGCUGUGGCUAGGGGGCCAGUCCCCUCCACUAGGAGCCCCUGAUGAAACUCAGUGCGAAGGCAGCGGCCCUCAGCCCUGGCACAGCCAACACGGUCACCAAACUCCUCCCUCCCUCCUUCCCUCGGGGGCCCGGUGGGCCUUGCACUUCAGUUUUGUCUUGUGUGUCUUUGUUUCCAGCAGGUGUGCGUUGCUCAAGUGUUUUUAUUUAUUUUUAUCUGGAAGAAACAGAGAGGGCUGUCCCCGAGGUACCAACAAGGCAAGGGAGAGAGACAGACAGACCCCAGGGGAGGGGGCCCAACGGCCUGGCCCCCAAGUUCCGAGGCAGCGCUGUGCCUCCCCCACAUCCUAAGAGCGAUCCAGAGCAGGGCCCAGCCAGAGAAGCCAGGCUGCUUCCUAGCCCCUAGGAAGGCCCAGCGCCGACAGCCUGGGACCGCAGGCCUGUUCCUGACCCUCAGCCGACAGCGGCAGUGCAGGCCGGGAAAAGAAUCAGGAGCUGAUUUCACAAGUGUGGAUGGUUCUAGACUGGAACAACUUCCGGGUGGGGGAGGGAGGAGGGGGAGGAUAAAAACUGAGCUGCUACCCACUACAUGUAUGUCAGCCCCGUCUGUUUUGUCGACAGAGAAACUGUGGCCUUCAAGUAGUUUUCUCUGGAUGCAAAAAAAAUUCAAAAUUGAAAAUGGGCACAGGAAAUGUCCCCCGGACAGGACUUAACCUUUUCAGGUCGGGUCUGGCUUGGUUGGUCUUGCACACCACAAAACUCGGUAGGCUGGGAUGGUUUUUCUUUUUUUCUUUCUUUUGCAUAAGUUAACAGAUGAAAGCCUUUUUAUUUUUAUUAUUUAAAGAAUGUAACAGUUUAGCCACAGGGAAAUGAAUAAUGAUUGUAUUUUGUACUCUUGUUUGAACCCCAUGGGUUCCUUUUGUUAAUAAAACGCUCACACGGA